AUGCAAUGUCUGAUUCGCCAACUAAUACCAAGACUUGCCAGCGCUCUCAUCUCCGUAUUAUGUACACCUCACAUCUGCUUCUCCGCAUCAGCACCAAGCCAUGAGUACUGACAGAGGCCAUGGACACAAUCCUUCCCACGAUGAGCGCAGGAGAGUGGCCAUGCCGCGAAGGACCACUCUAGGACCACUUGAUGCAGACACAGACGAUCCGCUGGCCGGCUCGACCAUAGACACCUCCGCUCCCCGCUUCUCACAGCCCGAGCCAAUAUCUCGAAGUCAGAUAGCUUCACCAGCACAAGACUCGACCACUCCGACCUCUGCCCUCGACGAUGUCCCCUCUAAAGACCUCUCCUUCCUCCUCGAUCCUUCAAUAUACCAUCCGCUCCCCACCUCCGCAGUCCCACAACCUUUCCUCAACUCCCUGAAUGCCUCCGAUAUCAACGAUUCCCUCACAACCCUCCUCUCCCGAGGCCAAUACCGCCUCGCAGCUCUCCAUUGCGCCCGCGAACUAUGCGCCAUUCGCGAUCCUACUUCCGUCACAACCAUCCUGAAUCUUUUCCACACCCGCCUCGCUUGCCUCACACUUCUCUCUCAUCACGACCUCGCCGCAACCGAGUCAAAAGCCCUGGGUGACCUCACCUCAUCCUUCUACCGCCACCCCGUGUCGGGCACUCAUUACGUCCCAUGGUCCCUCCGCGUCCUAUGCAUCCGACUCACUGCCCUCGGAUACUCGGAAUGGCGCAAAGGCAUCAUGGGAUACUACGAGCUGGCCCGCGAGGCACGCUCCGAAAUCGCACGCGCAUCCGCUACACACAAUGACAACGCAGCGACUGAAGAAUGGAGCGCGCGCCUCAGAGAACUCGGCGUGCUGACCGCAAAUCUCCUCGUGGAAAUGGGCGACCUAGAAGCCGCGGCCGAACACCUGGCUUCACUUCCAGGCUACACCGAUGCAGAAGACGCCGAAGCAGUCCGAUUGCGUACCUACGAAGCCCUCCUCUGGCUUCGCGUUGGCGAUAUUGCAGCCGCACGCCGCACACUGCCUGCCUCCCAGCCCCCAUCACACUUGACAGCACUCCUACAAAUCUCCGACGAUGACUUUGAUUCAGCGCUGUCUACACUACAAGCCCUGCGUAAGUCACAUUCCAAAGAUCCAAUGAUAGGACAAAAUCUUGCGGUUUGCCGUUUGUAUGUCGGCCAAAUGUCUGCGGCGCGGGAGGUACUCGAGGACCUUGUGGACCAGGGUCAUGCAUUUCAUACACUGACCUUCAAUCUUGCGACACUAUACGAACUAAGCACAGAGAGGGCGAGGGAGAAGAAGGGCGCGCUAGCAGAUAGGGUUGCAGGGAGGAAGCCCAGAGAUCAGGAGAGCUGGGAAAGGGCAAAUGUUGACUUUAAACUCUAAGAGACGAGGCUGAGGUCUUAACGGACUAGAUCAGAGAAAACUGCUCAUUUGGUCUGUUUAUACAGACUAUGGUUACUGACGUACAUAGACAAUCGCGAGGCGAUCUAUGGCUCUUUGGCGUGCAGGAGCAGCCAGAGGUGCAUCAAUUUGUUCCGCUGACCAAUUUUGGUAAAGUGCCAGAUAUAAGAUCUAUCCAAGUAGUCACAUCAUAGGUAGGAAUACUAAAUCCCACCCAUCCACAACAGCUAUCUCACAAGAUUCGAAGGAUAUAUUGUUCUCGCCACAUCUACCGAACGUCACUACACGUAUGCGUAUAACAGUGCGGAUUUUGUAUCGUGUUCCCAAGCUUGCGUUUAUUCAUCACCCACCAUGCUGUGUCUGUAUCGUAGACAAGAUAGUAAUAUUCGUCAAACAUCCAAGCCCCUCCGUUGCUU